CUUUACCAAAAUUAUUUUAUUUCUUUCCGGACACCAACCCAUUUCCUUAACUAAAACGCAUAUCCCUUCUUUAUUUUAUGCCAAAAUAAUUUAAUAUAAAUAUUUAUAGUGAUCAAUAUGCAAUAAUUAAUAUUUAUUUCCUUUUAGUUUAUUAUUAAUUACAUUUCCGACAAUUUUUUUUUAUCAACCUUUGUAAUGUCUUUUAUGCUGUCACCAAUAAAACCCAGUUUACCUCUACCAAAAUUAGACCUAAUUUUUCAUCAUAAGAAAAUUCCUCAAAUUUCUUCUCCCCUUCUCCAAAAUACCCAAAAAUUAUUUUCAAAAUUAUAUUUUUUUGAAAAAAAGAAAAAAGAUAAACACUCAGCUUCUAUCAAAGCUUGCUUCUUUACUCUAAUGGUGAAAUCCCAAUUUUAAGCUGCAUAGAUUUAAUUUUCAUCACUUGUUAAAUUAAGCUUAGCUUCUACUCCCCUCAAAAAAAAAGCUUAGCUUCUACUCAAAUCAAUCAAAUUAAAACCACCCUUUUCUAUAUUUUUUUAAAAUCUUUUUUGUUGAGCUGUUUUUUUUUUUUUUUUUUUUUUUUUAUGAUGUUUCAAAAUUUUUAAAAACAAAAUCAGGAGCUAGCUAAGCUUGAUUUGCUCAAAUAAUUUAUGGGUUGUUCUUAAAUUUAGAAAAAGAUACUUUCUUUGUAUUAAUUCUUCCAUUAUAAUUUCCUGAAAAUAACAAUAAUAAUAUUGUUAUAAUAAAAAAAAAACAGUAAAUGAAAUGGAAGCAAAAGAAGGAGGAAAUAGUGGUGGAGUAACAGUAGUAGGAUCAGAUGCACCAAAUGAGUAUCAUUUAGCUCCUAGGAAUGAAAAUAACGUCGGUGCAAUCAUUGUUAGUGGGGCCCAACUCGCCGGAACAACGCCGGCGCCGGCGACCCAAAUGGGCUUGCAAACUCCGGUGACGUCCAUGAAGAAGAAAAGAGGACGGCCCAGAAAGUAUGGGCCUGAUGGGGCUGUUACUGUGGCUCUUUCUGCAAAGCCCAUCUCUGCCUCAGCCCCGGCCCAAGCCAACGUUAUUGAUUUCUCCUCUGAGAAGCGGCCCAAGAUGAAGCCCGCUGCUCCUGUGAUCAAGCAACAUCAACCCAAGUUUGAGUCUGAUAGUCAUGGUGAAUGGGUAUCUUGCUCUGUUGGUGCUAACUUCACACCUCAUAUCAUCACCGUCAAUGCUGGUGAGGAUGUUACCAUGAAGGUCAUAUCAUUUUCUCAGCAGGGCCCUCGAGCUAUAUGCAUUCUUUCUGCAAAUGGAGUAAUUUCCAGUGUUACACUUCGUCAACCUGACUCUUCCGGUGGUACAUUGACAUACGAGGGCCGUUUUGAGAUACUUUCCUUAACUGGUUCAUUCAUGCCUUCUGAGAGUGGUGGGAUUAGAAACAGAUCAGGAGGAAUGAGUGUUUCACUGGCAAGCCCAGAUGGCCGUGUGGUAGGAGGAGGUGUAGCUGGUUUGCUUGUUGCUGCUAGUCCUGUGCAGAUUGUUGUAGGAAGUUUCUUGGCAGGAAACCAGCAUGAACAGAAGCCAAAGAAACAAAAAUCCGAGUACAUCAUCAGCGGUUCCACCGUACAGUUUUCAAAUACAGGAAUGCAGGACAGUUAUGGGGGCCAAAGCCAAGGUUAUCACGCCUCAGGUACCACAUACUCGUCUUUUCACGGAGACACUAGGAAUGGCUCGGCUGAUCAUAACGAAUCUUUGCAUGAAGGUUAGAAAAAACCAGAUUGAGUUUGGUGAUCUACACCACGAGAUGAACGUGCAGUUUUGACUUUUGACAAUAGUUAAAACUAUUGAGAGUGCCUAUGAAAAUCGUCUUGUCUGUUUUAUUACAUCUGUAUAAUCUUGUGUGAUAUUCACACUUGCAUGGGUCAAGUGCUUAUUUACUACAGGUGUUGUUUAUCCUUAUUUAUGUAGGAAUGUUAGUCUUAGCUUAACUUACUAGAUAGGGUUUUCUACAGGUGUUAUUUUUAUGUAGAAUAAACUUGUAUUCACACCACAUCAAUUCUGAGCAUAAUGGUUACUUGGUUAUUAUUGGUCUA